AUGCCGAUGCUUGCGCCUCCCCUCAUCGUCUUUGCUACAACUGCAAGCAACCGAGGCCUUGGCCACGUCCAAGCUGAAUGCCCAACUCUCCGCCUUGGCGGUGCCGCAGCCGCCAACCGCUGCUACAACUGCGAUCAGCCCGGGCAUCUUGCUCGCAAUUGUCCCAACCCGCCCAUCAACCGGGGUCCCGUUGCUGGCCGGCCGGGCUUCGCUCCUGGCCGCUUUGCCAAUGGUGGCCGUCCCGCAACCUGCUAUAAGUGCGGUGGCCCCAACCACUUCGCCCGUGAUUGCCAAGCACAGGCGAUGAAGUGCUACGCCUGCGGCAAGUUGGGCCAUAUCUCGCGGGAUUGCACUGCCCCUAACGGUGGUCCCCUCAAUACGCCCAACGGGGAGGGCCAGAACGAGCAAGCCGAUGUGAACGGCAAUGCUCAGCCUGCUCCGCAGCAGACGCCUGUCGCUCCGGUGGCUUAG